AUGUCCUCAUCGCCGUCCGCGUCCCGCGAUCCCGUCACGAACACGACGAAGACCCCUUCUGCAUCCACCGCCGCCGUCCCGGUGGGUGCAGUUGGGGUGGCCUCCGCCACCGCCGCCGUCCCGGUGGUCGGGGAAGGGCCGACGGGUGAGUUCAGUGGGCUUUUUUGGGGAUUUUUGGGGUUUUCGGGAUUUUUUUGGGUUUUUUUAAGAUUUUAAGAUUUAACAGUGGAAGUACUCCAAGUGCGACGCUCAGAUUUUCUUUAAAUUUUGCAUACACGUCGGGUAUGGACCAAAUAUCAAUUCCUCAAAGUUUUAGCUCGCGCUUUGCUGGCGCCGCCGAGAUAUCGAACGAUUUUUUGCUGCCGAGAGAGCACGCUAAACGUGGAGAGCGGGCAGAGAGAAAACACCUUUUUGGCCAUAACUUUGGCAGUUUCGUGCGGAAAAAUUUGAUUUUUUGUAGAAACAUUAUCCUUUAUGGUAGAAAUAGGCAAGAAACUUUUCGUGCCGAAAUUCGACAAAAAGUCCUAAAUUUUGGCCGACUUUCGAUCCAAAAAUCUCGGUUGUUUCUGCAAAGCGCGAGCUAAGAAUCUUGAAUAUAUCUCAAAAAAAAUUAUUCCAAAUUUGUGCCAAUUUUCAUCAAAAUAUGAGCGUCGCACUUGGAGUACUUCCCCUAUAAGAUGACUUACAUAAGCUUAGGGGAAAAAUAUAAAAAUUAUAAAUAAUUCAGUCAUUUGUCUAGUUGGGGCUUCGGUAGUUGAGCCCCCCACGAAAGGUAGUUCAAACCCCCACUGUUUUGCCCGUUUCACACCCCACAUAAUGAACAAAUUAGAAUAAUACAAAAAAUGUAAGUGGGGGUUUGAUCUACUACGUUGGGGGUUUGAUCUAAAACGUAUGGGGCUUUAUUUAAAACGUAGGGGGCUUCAUCUAAAACGUAGGGGGCUUCAUCUAAAACGUAGGGGGCUUCAUCUAAAAUGUAGGGGGCUUGUGCUGGACCAUACAACUUGGAUUACUUCUUUGAAAUAAAUUUUGGGGUUCAGAAUGGACGAGGGGGGUUGUACUGGGCCAUGGGGGGCUAAACUGGACUGGGGGGCUGUACUACCUUAGCCCCGUCUAGUUGAAUAUAAUUUUGAAAUAAAAAACUAAAAAAACGACCUCAAAAACUUGAUUUCGAGCUCAACUUGAGAGAGCUGACUAACAUUUGCAACUCGAAAUCACCUUGUAUAUACUUUGUAAACCGUAAAAUAACUUUCGGCUGGUGGGUUACUACCGUAAACCCCGCCAAAAAUGAUAAUAUAAAAAGGCCUAAGGGCCUUGAAAAUAGACUAUGAGGCCUUGAAGAGCAAGGAAAAAUAUUGCACAAAAAGGGCAAUUUGGCUGGUGGGGGGACCCUGUAAAUCCCGCCGAAAACAAUUUUUAUACUGUAAAAUCCGGCCGAAAUUGGCCUUGACAUUACGUAUACGGCUUGAUGGAUCAAUUCCCGCCCCAUUUAAGCCCUAACAGCUCGGUAAGUCAAAUUUUUUUGAGUUUUACAGAGUUUAGAGGCCUCAUGGAGAAGAUGCCAGAGGGAUAAAUUUUGAUCGAAAGGGUAGAUCUCGGGAAUUUUUUGAGAUGGAUUUCUGUAUUUUACACAGAAUUAUGAAAAAUUCCGUACCAAAAACGUAAUCGAAACCAUUUUUGCAAAAAAACAGUUUUGGAAAAAAAUCCUUUCGCUUUUUUGACACCCCUUUAGGCAAUAAAAUAAAGCCAACAGCACUCAUUAGCUAUAAAUUCCGAGCUUGCUUUUCAUAUAAAUUUCGAAAUUUCUCACUCAAAUUUUGCUUUCUGACCAACAUCCCAGCCCGCAGCCUCCCAGAAUACCCAUUAUGAUUGGGCUGACAUCUCUCCAAGGUCCAAAAAUGAUGAUCUGGAUCGGUGGCCAGCACUUCAGUCCAGAUCCAAGACGACAUUCGGAAGGCAAAGAUCUAAAAUCCGUCAAUUUUACAUAAUAGUCCAUUUUUUGUGAAAAUUGUCAAAAAUCAUCUCUUUUUAGAAGCCCCAUUUUGUUUUCCAAAUAACUCCAAAAAUUUACCUUUCCCCAAAGAUAUUUGACGGAUUUUCUAGAAAUUUGUCAUCCGAAUGUCAGAAUUGAUGUCCAACGUUCAAAAUUAUGGCUUCAAACAUCUUCAUGCACCUCCAGAAUCCCUCCAAGAGCCUAAUCCCGGUCGAAGAUGGAUCAUUUUUUUGAUUGUGGCAGGUCCAGCGACUGAUGGCAUCACCUAA